GCACGAAACCCUCCCUCAUGCCCAAAACCAUCGCCCUCGUAAACGAACUUCGCGAUACAGUGGCCAUUGGAGCUAGCUGAGAAGGAAAGACGGGAUCGCGGCUUACAUAGACUACCGAAACUCCCAUCUUUCUCAUCCUUUCUCUCCGCUUUUACCAGUUACCAGAAACCAUUGAGGAAGGAUUUAGCUUAAAUCCUGCAUAGGCCCUGCUUACAACCGCUUAGAUUCUCACCGCGUGUAGCCUCUUAUAGAUAGAUCCGAUUGAUCAUGUUUCUGCAUAAGCUUGCCCGUUUAGGGUUCCGAAUCGCACAAACGUCGAUGCCUGUAAGUCGAUGCUCAGCAAGCAGAAGCUAUUUUGGUGCAGCAUUUACUCCUCGUAUGCAUCACAUGGCUCAGACAAAUCAUUCUUUCUCUACUACAGCCACCAAUGAGGAUUUUGAAGGACAAGGAAAUAAAGAAAAGAUAUCUGUAACAUUUGUUGAUAAAGAUGGUGAGGAAAAGACCAUGAGUGUUCCUGUUGGGAUGUCAAUGUUGGAAGCAGCUCAUGAAAAUGACAUAGAGCUGGAAGGAGCAUGCGAGGGAUCAUUAGCGUGUUCUACCUGCCAUGUGAUUGUGAUGGAUGUCAACUACUAUAACAAAUUGGAGGAUCCGACUGAUGAAGAAAACGACAUGUUAGACCUUGCAUUUGGGCUAACGGAAACGUCACGUCUUGGUUGCCAGGUGAUUGCCAAACCGGAGCUCGACGGAAUUCGCUUGGCCAUACCGGCUGCGACACGAAAUUUCGCGGUCGAUGGAUAUGUGCCAAAACCACAUUGACUUGAUAUUCAGAUGAGGGUUAAAGAUACAGCAUAUUGGCGUCAGUUUUGUAGCUUCAGACCAUACAAAAUAGGCAUGAUUCAGAUAAAUAAGGGUUGGUAGGUUGUCAGCUAUUAUUUAUUCAUUUGAAUUUUGUUCUGAGCUCUCUAGUGUUGUUUUUACUAAUUUUGGCUAUUAAAAUAUGCUGGAAAAAUUAUUAUAUUUACAUUUUAGUUUUUGAUGUU